GACGAACGAUCAGCCAAGGACGAAGAAGGAUAUCCAGUUAGCGGUCAGUUUUCAAAGCGACACCCGCGUGACGUCACCUGGGACAAACAAGUGGGGGGAGGGAAGGUCUUCGGCACGCUGGGCCAAAAUGAUGAUGGGCUUUUUGGUAAAGCCGGUUACAACAGAGAGAUCUUCAAUGAUGACCGCGGCAAAUUGACCGGGCAGGCCUACGGCACCAGGGUCCUGGGACCCGCAGGGGACAGUACAAACUACGGUGGACAGCUAGACUGGGCCAAUAAGAAUGCGGAAGCUGCUAUUGAUAUAAAUAGACAGAUCGGAGGCAGAUCUGGA